AUGAAUCGAAUAGAAUAUACGGCUUUAAAUGAAAAAAAAAAUGACGAUGACUGGAAAUAUAAGUAUAAAUCGGCAUUUACAUAUGCUGAUUAUAAUGAUAUUGAUAAAAUGGGUUAUGAAGCACCAAAACGAUAUCCAAUUCAGAAUGGUCCUCGCUAUAAGAAAUAUACGUAUUCAAAUGAAGCAUGGGAAGAGCAAAUAGAGGACCGUGAUAAGGGAAAUAUAUUCAUAUCACUUGUUGAAUUGUUCUUUUUAAUGCUAUCAUUCACCAUAUUUAUUUUUACGCUUCCCUUAUCACUCUUUUUUUCACUUAAGUUUGUCUCUGAUUGCGAACGACUCGUAGUUCUUCGACUUGGAAGAGCCCAGAAAAUUCGUGGACCUGGUGCAACUGUUAUUUUUCCAUGCAUUGAUAAAUGUACAAAGAUUGAUCUUCGCGUAAAUGCGUUCAACGUACCACCUAUACAAGUUAUUACAAUCGAUAGAGGACUUGUCGAACUUGGUGCAACUGUUUUUCUACAAGUGAAAGAUGCAUUAGCAGCAGUUUGUGCUGUUCAAGAAAGGAAUCAAUCGACAAGAAUUUUAGCUAUAACGAUUUUAUAUCGAAUCACAAGUAAACGACAAGUUAACGAUAUUAUUAGCGGAAAUGGUCGUAAAGCGUUAUCUGAAAAUUUAAAGGAUGAACUUGGUGAAAUCACUUCUUCAUGGGGUGUCGAAGUUAUUAAAAUUGAAUUAUCGGAUAUUAAAGUUAUUAAAGAAGGUGAAAAUAUGGCACUUAACUUAUUCAAUAAGAUACUUAAAUCCGAAUUUGGAUCACAAAUUCUCGGAACACUUUCCAAAACAGCUCACGAAUUCAUCGCUGAACAACAACAACAGCAGCAACAAUAUGAAUCGAAACAGGAGGAAAAUCCAAGCGAAGAUCUCAUACAGUUCUCAUCAACAGUACCUAAUAAUGUAGAAUUUAAAAAUACAAAUAAAACAGAGAUUAAUAUCGAUGAACUGAUCAAUUAUCUUUCGAUGAUAAUUGAUGAACGUUUAGUGACAACAAUUGGACAAGUAUUUCAAAUUCGUUGUAAAGAUUUCGGUGAUUUUUAUUUGAAUUUAAAAAAUGGUUCAGGGAAAUGUAUGCGAGGAUUGUAUGCAGGUGCGGAUGUUGUUUUUGAAUUAAAUCAAGAAACUCUUCGCCAAAUAAUUAAACAAAAAAUUUCACCUGUACAAGCCUAUUUAAAUGGUUCACUAAAAAUCACCACUGGAUCAUUGAAAUCCGCAUCGAAAUUUUCGGUCAUUUUUGAAAGAAUCGCUCAUUUGAUAUGA